AUGUCGGUCCGGGAGAAUGUACCACCCCAGAAGCCUUGGUCAUGGAUCUCUAGGUCCCAAAGAGACUUGGUAAAGUCUAUCCUGAUUGGGGCUCCAGGAGGUAAGGCAGGGUACCUGAGGUUGGCCAGUGUGGCUCAGUUAACUCAGGAGCUGGGUUCUGCCUUCUUCCAGCGGCAGCAGCUGUCGGCUGCUAUGGCGGACACAUUCCUGGAACACCUCUGCCUGCUGGACAUCGACUCGGAGCCUCUGGCCGCUCGCAGUACUAGCAUCAUCGCCACCAUCGGGCCGGCUUCUCGCUCUGUGGAGCGCCUCAAGGAAAUGAUCAAGGCCGGGAUGAACAUAGCGCGACUCAACUUCUCCCACGGUUCUCACGAGUAUCACGCUGAGUCUAUCGCCAACAUCCGGGAGGCAGUAGAGAGCUUUGCAACUUCCCCACUGAGUUACCGACCUGUGGCCAUCGCUCUGGAUACCAAGGGGCCAGAAAUACGCACUGGGAUCCUCCGAGGGGGCCCGGAGUCGGAGGUGGAGAUAGCGAAGGGCUCCCGGGUGCUGGUGACUGUGGACCCGGCGUUCCGGACACUGGGGGAUGCCGAAACCGUGUGGGUGGACUACCCCAAUAUCAUCCGGGUCGUGCCGAUGGGGGGCCGCAUCUACAUUGACGACGGGCUCAUCUCCUUAGUGGUCAAGACAAUCGAUCCAGAGGGGCUGGUGACCGAAGUGGAGAAUGGUGGCAUCCUGGGUAGCCGGAAAGGGGUGAACUUGCCAGGUGUUAAGGUGGACCUGCCUGGGCUGUCUGAGCAAGAUGCCCGGGACCUGAGCUUCGGGGUGAAGCAUGGUGUGGACAUCAUCUUUGCCUCCUUUAUACAAACAGCCAGUGAUGUGGUGGCUGUUCGGACUGCCUUGGGUCCUGAAGGACAGGGCAUCAAGAUCAUCAGCAAAAUUGAGAACCAUGAAGGCGUGAAGAAGUUUGAUGAAAUCCUGGAGGUGAGCGAUGGCAUCAUGGUUGCCCGGGGAGACCUUGGCAUCGAGAUCCCAGCAGAGAAGGUUUUUCUGGCUCAGAAGAUGAUGAUCGGACGCUGUAACUUGGCUGGCAAGCCUGUAGUCUGUGCUACACAGAUGCUGGAGAGUAUGGUCACUAAGCCCCGACCAACACGGGCAGAGACAAGCGAUGUGGCCAAUGCUGUGCUGGAUGGAGCAGAUUGCAUCAUGCUGUCCGGGGAAACUGCCAAGGGCAGCUUUCCUGUGGAGGCUGUAAAGAUGCAGCAUGCGAUUGCCCGAGAGGCAGAAGCUGCAAUCUACCACCGGCAGCUGUUUGAGGAACUGCGCCGGGCAGCACCACUAAGCCGUGACCCCACUGAGAUCACUGCCAUCGGUGCUGUGGAAGCUGCCUUUAAGUGCUGUGCUGCGGCCAUCAUCGUACUGACCUCAACUGGCCGCUCAGCCCAGCUUCUCUCUCGGUACCGACCUCGAGCAGCAGUCAUUGCCGUCACCCGCUCUGCCCAGGCCGCCCGUCAGGUCCACCUAUGCCGAGGUGUCUUCCCCUUGCUCUAUCGUGAGCCUCCAAAGGCCAUCUGGGCAGAGGAUGUGGACCACCGGGUCCAGUUCGGCAUUGAAAGUGGAAAGCUCCGGGGCUUCCUCCAUGUUGGGGACCUGGUGAUUGUGGUGACCGGCUGGCGGCCUGGCUCCGGCUAUACCAACAUCAUGCAGGUGCUGAGCAUAACCUGA